UUACUGUAAAUAUUAAACAAUCGAAUGAUCGUUACAUAGCUGCUAUUUAUUCCGAUCACUCGUACAGUUUUAGAUAUUCUCAUCGAGUUCCAAGUUCCAGAGACUAUGGACAAGUUGGUGAUACUUCUCAUUUGUCUGCUCCCAGCACUGGCGCUGGCUGGGAGAUCUCAAGACAGAUACACGGAAGACACAGACGCUGAUAACAAUUUUGAAGACAGCGACUCGUAUGACACUGAUAAUUUUGAAGACAGCGACUCGUAUGACACUGAUAAUUUUGAAGACAGCGACUCGUAUGACACUGAUAAUUUUGAAGACAGCGACUCGUAUGACACUGAUAAUUUUGAAGACAGCGACUCGUAUGACACUGAUAAUUUUGAAGACAGCGACUCGUAUGACACUGAUAAUUUUGAAGACAGCGACUCGUAUGACACUGAUAAUUUUGAAGACAGCGACUCGCAAGAAAGUGAUCCACAUGGCGAUGGUCAAUGGGGCGAUAUACAGGGAAGUGAUCACACUUUUAAAAACCAUCAUGGAGGAGACACACAUAGAGGUGGUCGGUGGGGCGAUAUACAGGAAAGUGAUCCCGAUUCUGAAGACAGCGACUCGUUAGACAGUGAUUACAAUUUUCAAGACAGCGACUCGUUAGACAGUGAUGUUGAUGACCUUGACAAUGAAGACGAUUUGUUGGACUCAAAUGAAGAUAUACAAGGCGAUGACCCCAUGGUCCAUACAGAUGGUGCCUACGUGCUUGAUUUCAUGCAUAUUCUGCUCAUGAUGACCGACAUAGACAACAACGAAGAGGUAACACUUGCUGAGAUCAGAAGCAUGUUUCAUAGGAAGAAUUGA